AUGGAGGCGAGUGCCAUUAUUCAAGGAAUAGUUAAACAGCCUAAGGCACAGUCUUCAGGUUCCAAGAUGGAAACUUCUUCUCAGAGCACAGCAGCCACAGGCAAGAAGAGAUGGGAUAAAAGAGGAAAGAGGGGAAAGUUCUGGAGCAGGGUUAAAUCAGGUCUGGGAAUGGGGAGUAGUUCAAGUUCAGAUGCAAGUAGUGCAGCAUGCAAGAGAUGUGGGAAGAUGCAUAGAGGAGCUUCCACCAUUUUCCUCUCCUCUCUUCUCCUCUCUUCUCCUUAUCGCUCCAUCCUUCUUCUUGCCGCCGUCGCCGUCGCCGCCUCCGUCGCCGCCGCCACUGUCGUUCUCGGGCUAUCGCGCGUUGCUGCGCCUCUCUGUAGCUGUUGCUGUUGCCGCGGCUGUACCGCCAUUGCUGGAGCUGCCACCGCUGCCACCACCACCGUUGCCACUCACCGCCGUUGCAACUGCCGAUCGUCGCCACUCCAUAAUAUAUUUAUCAUGUCGGUAGAUCGUAGAUGGAUGUAUGAGCGACUAGAUGAAAAUGGCUUUCUUAAUUCUGAAUUUGAGAUUGGGGUGGAGACAUUUCUAAACUUUGCCUAUGCACAAGUACAGUUUAUAUGCCAAGAUAAAAUUCGUUGUCCAUGUUCUAAGUGUCAGAAUAGGAAAUUUCAGAAUAGGCAAGAUGUUACUUAUCACCUUUGCAAAAGUGGAUUUGUUGGAGGAUAUACUAAGUGGAUUGCGCAUGGUGAAUCUAUCACUCAUGAAAUAAAUUCUGAACAACUUGAGGAACAAUCUACUGAUUAUCUUGCUACAACCAACAAUGUCAAUGAUUAUAGAAGCAUGGUCAUGGAAGCAAUGGAUAUAAAUUAUGGUACAGUUGGAGUUGGUAGUUCUGAAAUGGGCAAUCGAACCAUGGAGCCGAACUUAGAAGUUUCAAAAUUCUAUGAAUUAUUACAUGGUGCGGAUGUGCCAUUAUGGGAAGGCUGCAAUAAUCAUACCAAGUUAUCUGCUGUAUCUCAAUUGCUGAACUUAAUGUCAGAAUUUCACAUUAGUCAUAGUUGUUUUAAUAAGUUUAUGGGAACGGUAAAAAGUAUGCUACCAGAAGGAAACCUCUUACCAGAUAAUUUUUAUAAUACGAAGAAGAUGAUGUCCACUCUAGGCCUUGGUUAUACAAAAAUCGAUGUUUGUGUAAACAAUUGUAUGUUGUACUUUCAAGAAAAUAUCGACAGAACAUCAUGUACAAUAUGUGGUCACCCUCGAUAUAAACCAAUACAAUCAUUUAUGGGGCGACGAAAAAAGAGACCAUUUAAAAUGUUGCGAUAUCUACCUUUGAUUCCUAGACUCCAAAGACUUUUUAUGUCAUCCAAAACUGCUCUGCAUAUGGUUUGGCAUGCUUCUAACCAACAUGUAGAUGGUAGUAUGGUGCAUCCUGUUGAUAGUGAGGCAUGGAAACAUUUUGAUCGCACCCACUCUUGGUUUGCAUCUGAUCCAAGAAAUGUUCGGCUUGGAUUAUGUACUGAUGGAUUCAAUCCUUUUGGGCAACGGUCUAAACCGUAUUCUUGUUGGCCCGUAAUUGUUGUAGUUUACAAUUUACCUCCAUGGAUGGCAAUGAAAAAACCUUACAUGUUUCUGAAUAUGGUAAUUCCAGGUCCUAAAAGCCCUGGAAAAAGCUUGGAUGUUUUUUUGAGGCCUUUGAUUGAUGAGCUGAAAUUGUUGUGGCAUGAAGGAGUUUGGACUCAUGAUGCUAAUUCUAACCAAAACUUUCAAAUGAAAGCAGCAUUGUUAUGGACAAUAAGUGAUUUUCCUGCAUAUGGUAUGUUAUCUGGAUGGAGCACACAUGGUAGAAUGUCAUGUCCAUAUUGUAUGGAAAAUAGUAAGGCCUUUAUACUUCAGCAUGGUGGGAAGCCAUCUUUUUUUGAUUGCCAUCGUCAAUUCCUUCCUAUUAACCAUCCAUAUCGAAGACAGAAAGAUAAAUUUAGAAAAGGUUUCAUAGAAAAAACUCCUCCACCUUCUCGUAUGGCAGGUGAUGUUAUACAACAUCGGGUUAAUUUGUUGAGUGAUGUUGUGUUUGGAACAACUGCUGGCAAGCAAACAAUACCGGGAGAAGAAUGUAUUUGA